UUUCAUCUUCUCAUAACAAACUCCCUUUGCUCCCACAGAAUCAAAGUAAUUACAAUAUCAUUUUUUUAUUAACGUUAACACGUUUUAAUUGUUAUUGUUUAUGUGAUAAUCAUUUUCAACCUCAUCACCAAUUUGAUAAUCAAUUUAAAUAAAAAAGGUUAAUCAUCGUUCCGUGUCCUAAACCAAAGUGAAAAUGGGUGUAGCUGAUGAUAGAAGAGGAAAUCCGGAUGAAGAGGACAUUAUGGAGAGAGAACUCGCUGAGGAUGCUGUUUGGAAGCGAAUUCAGAAAAAUACCUUCACAAGAUGGGCCAAUGAACAUUUGAAAACUGUCAAUUCUCAUAUUGAAAAUUUGGAAACUGAUUUUGAAGAUGGCACCCGUUUGGUUGCCUUGGUCGAAGUGCUUUCGGGAAAACGAUUACCUCGACACAAUAAACGGCCUAAACUACGAGCCCAAAAACUUGAGAAUGUCAAUAUCGCUCUUAAUUUUUUAACUCAACAAGAAGGAAUCAAAAUCGUCAACAUCGAUAGUACUGAUGUUGUUGAUGGUCACCUUAAGCUGAUUCUCGGCUUAAUUUGGACUCUUAUCCUUCAUUAUUCAAUCUCAAUGCCCAUGUGGGAGGGUGAAGAUGACUCAAUGUACCGAGGGCGGGGAGAGCCAACACCCAAACAACGACUCCUUGGUUGGAUCAAGAAUAAGAUUCCAGAAGUUCCGGUCAAUAAUUUCACCACCGAUUGGAACAGUGGUAAAGCCUUGGGUGCUUUGGUCGAUGCAGUUGCACCAGGUCUAUGUCCCGACUGGCCUGAUUGGAAGCCAGAAGAUGCUUUGAAAAAUACAAAAGAAGCGAUGAAAUUGGCCGACGAUUGGCUUAAUGUCCCUCAACUAAUUAAACCCGAUGAUGUUGUCGAUCCCAAAGUGGAUGAUCUUUCAAUGAUGACCUAUUUAUCCCAGUAUCCUAAUGCUAAAUUAAAGCCUGGAGCACCACUUAGACCAAGAAAUAAUCCAAAUCGGGUUCGUUGUUAUGGACCAGGAAUUCAGCCCGAUGGUGUUGUCAAAGGAGCUCAAACAAACUUUACCGUUGAAACUUUUUCGGCUGGUAAAGGUAAAGUCGAAGUGUUCAUUUUGGAUCCAUCAGGCAAACAAGAACCUGUCGCUGCAAAAUUCAAUGACGAUCCAAGUAAAACUUACACUUGCUCUUAUACUCCAAAGAUUGAAGGUCAACAUAAGGUGAUCGUCAAAUUUAACGGAGUCGAAGUACCAAAAUCUCCAUUCGCUGUCAAUGUCGAAGGUGUCGCUGGUGAUGCUACCAAAGUUACUGCAUCAGGACCAGGUCUUCAACCGACCGGAGUUCAAGUCGGCAAACCGACUUAUUUUGAUGUUUUCACUAAAGGUGCUGGUAAAGGUCAAUUAGAAGUCGUUAUUUUGGAUCCGACUGGAAAACCAAAUACUGUACCUUUACGUGUUCGUCCUCUUGGUGAUGAUGUUUAUCGAUGUGAAUAUGUUGCCCAGGCAACUGGAGUCCAUUCCGUUAAUGUUUUCUUUGCUGGUAAACAAGUGCCCAAAAGUCCGUUUGGUGUUCGUGUCUCACCAAUUUGCGAUCCACGGAAAGUCCGAGCUUCUGGUCGUGGUUUACAACCAACUGGAGUGCGAGUUGGUGAUAUCGCUGAUUUCAAGGUUACCACCGAAGGUGCUGGUGAAGGAAAUCUUGAUAUUAAAGUAAUCGGACCUGAUGGAAAACCUGAAAAGGUCAAUAUUCGUAAAAUCGAUGCGACAACAUUUGAUUGUGACUAUCGACCUGCAAAACCAGGUAAAUAUGUGGUUAUUAUUUCCUUUGGAACUCAAGAAAUAUUCAGGUCACCAUUCGAGGUAAAUGUUGGACCUCCAAAAGCGUCAAAAAUACGAGCAUAUGGACCAGGAUUAAAAGGCGGUGUCGUUGGUUAUCCCGCUAAAUUUACUGUUGACACAAACGGUGAAACGGGAACCCUUGGGUUCACAAUUGAAGGUCCAUCUGAGGCUAAAAUUGAAUGUACGGAUAACGGGGAUGGUUCAGCUGAUGUUGUUUACUUUCCAACAGCUCCUGGUGAAUAUGCAAUUCACGUUCUCAGCAACGGAGAGGAUAUUCCUCAGUCACCUUGGGUCUCUCAGGUCACUUCAAAACCAGGUCCCGACUUUGCACCAGACAAAGUUGUAACCACAGGAAAAGGUAUCGGACCUUCAGUUGUCCAAGGUCGCCCUACAGACUUCACUGUCGAUACAAGAAAAGCUGGAACUGCUCCACUCGAUGUAUCCGUUAUGGACAAAGCUUGUGAACAAGUGCCAAUGAAAGUCGCCAACGCAAAAGACGGAACCGUUAAGUGUGAAUAUAAGCCCGAGAAUCCAGAUAAACACGUUGUCCAAGUUAACUAUGGCGGAGUCGCUGUUCCAGGAAGUCCGUUCAAGGUUCAAGUUGCACCUCCAACCGACGCCGCAAAGGUUAAAAUAUUUGGACCUGGAGUCGAGCCUGGUGUUAAACCGGGUGUUCCAACUUUCUUCAAUGUCGACGCAGAGGAAGCGGGACCAGGCCAGUUAAAGGUCGCAGUUAAAGAUGACAAAGGAAAAGAAAUCGCAACUCAACUUCAAGACAAUGAAAACAACACUUAUUCAAUUGAUUAUACUGCUCCAAAGGCCGGUAUUUAUACUGUAAAUGCGACAUAUUCUGGUCAACCUAUUCCAGGAACACCAAUAACUGUACCUGUCACACCUCCAAGUGACCUGAGCAAGGUCAAAGUCGAAGGACUAGAACCAAUUGCGGUGAUGAACAAUUUAUAUCAAUUUCGAGUUGUUAUUGAUGAAUCCUUAGCAGGCAUACCUUUUAUCCAUGAUUAUAUCUCCAUUUGUAUAACAAGUCCUUCAGGUCGACCGAUCAGGCCACAUGUAAUUAACACUUCGGAAGGUUGUUUAGUCAAUUUUGUUCCAAUUGAGAUGGGCCAAUAUCUUAUAUCAGUUUCUCUUGCCGGAAGUGGUAAAAUUGAUGAUAAACCAAAUUACAUUUACUGUCUUCCCGAGCAAACAUUAUCCAUGGUUAAUCCUUCACCAUCAACUUCAUCUGGUUCCAAUCAAGUUAAUCGACACAAUCAGGCUCCAAUUGAUAUACCGAUUUAUGGUCGAGCCUUUGCCGAUGCCGUUUUCUUGGAUUCGCCAACUGACUUUACCGUUGACACUCGAGCUUUACCCAAGAAAUCUGAGGCCACAGUAACGUGCCGAAUAACGAACCCAUCAGGUUCUCAAACAGCUACUCAAGUGACCAAAGCCAAGGAUGGAACACAUAAAGUUGCCUUCACACCAACGGAAGAAGGUCCACUUAAAGUUGACGUUAUGGUUGAUGGUCAAGCUGUUCCUGGAAGUCCAUUUGCCGUGAAUGCGACCAGAGGAUGUAAUCCAGGAAAAGUCAGAGCUUAUGGACCUGGUUUGGAACAAGGAAUCAUUAAUCAAAAGAAUACAUUUACCGUGGAGACAAAAGGAGCGGGUAUCGGCGCUCUAGGCCUUUCUAUCGAAGGUCCAUCCGAAGCGAAGAUGAACUGUCGUGAUAAUCGCGAUGGAACCUGUACCGUUGAUUAUAUUCCGAUUGAAAUCGGUGAUUAUGAUAUUGGAAUCAAAUUUGCCAACAAACAGAUUCCCGGAAGUCCAUUUAGAGUGGCCGUUGAUCACCCUGUUGAUGUAUCAAAGGUAACAGCCUAUGGUCCAGGUUUAGAACCAGCUAAUUGCCGAGCCGGUCCACCUCUUCCAUUCACUGUUGAUGCAUCCAAAACUGGCAAAGCUCCGUUGACCGUUGAAGUGACCUCAGAAAAAGGACCAGUUCCCUAUUCCCCCGAGAUCUCAGAUAAUGGCGAUAACAUUUACGACGUAUCUUAUUUACCACCACCAGAAGGCAGUAAAUGUAACGUUAAUGUUAAAUAUGGAGGAAAACCUAUUCCUGGCAGUCCAUUUCAAAUGAAGGUCAAACCAAUGACCGAACCUCAAAAUGUCAAACUAUCUGGUCCUGGAAUUGCAAAGACACUUCCUGCCAGUUUUCCCGCUGAAUUUACAAUCGAUGCCAAAAACGCAGGUUACGGAAGACCCGAAGUUAAAAUUCAGGCUCCCGAUGGGUCUAAAUGUAAGGCGACAAUCGUUGACAAUCAGGAUGGCACUUACAAGGUGAACUACACACCCGACGAUGUGGGUAACUAUAAGGUGAACGUUACCUUUGGAGGUAAACCCGUGCCUGGAGCUCCGAUAACGGUCAAGACAACGGUAACUGGUCAAGCGGAUAAAUGUAAAAUCGCACAAAAGGUAAAGGAAACAAUAGCCGCAGGCGAAGAGCAAUGUCUUCAAGUUGACGCUCGACAGGCAGGCAAAGGUGCGGUUACCUGUAAGGUGAACAAGGUGAAGGAAGAGACUCGAACUGAAAAGCAACAGGUAACAAGCACCAAGAGUCAAGUGAAAAAGGUAAUUAAACAAACGACAACCGAAGAGGAGAUCGAGGAAGAGGAAGAGGAAAUAAUUGAAUACCGAGUAGCCGAUAACAAAGACGGAACUUAUAACGUUUAUUACAAAACAAUUGAACAAGGAGACUACAAAGUUGACCUUAAAUUUGGUGGACAAUCAAUUCCAAAUGGUAGUUUCACAAUUAAGACAACUCAGACCACUGAAGAAGUUAAAUCGAGACGAACUAUCGUUCGGAAGGAAGAGUCAUCAUCGUAUUCAGAGGUUCGAGAGUUUCGACAGGUUCAAUUAUACAACGUACCAGUUCCACCCUCUUCUGUUGAGCCGAAACGUCGUGCGUUCAUUAAAAUGCCUUCAGGUGCUACUGAUAAACCGACAAUUAUCGAUAAUCACGAUGGUACUAUUAGUGUUAAAUACGAUCCUAAAGAAGAAGGUCUUCAUGAACUUCACAUUAUCUAUAAUGAAGAUCCAAUCGCUGGUUCACCUUUUAAAUUUUUCGUCGAUCGAGUCUCUAGUGGAGCGGUGACUGCCGCUGGACCUGGACUAACUCAUGGUAUCGCUGGUGAGCCAUGUGAUUUUACAAUCUACACCAAAGGUGCUGGAGGUGGGGGACUUCAAGUGGCUAUUGAAGGUCCAUCUAAAGCGGAAAUUCAGUGUGUUGAUAAUUCGGACUCAACAGUUUCAGUCUCAUAUUUACCUAUUCUUCCAGGUGAAUAUAAGAUUAUUGCCAAAUUUGCUGGACGACACAUCAAGGGGAGUCCAUUUUCCGCUAAAAUUACCGGCGAAGGACGAAAACGAGCUCAAUUGUCUGUUGGACAUUCGUCUGAAGUUAGUUUGAAAUGCUCUGAGAAAGAUAUUCGUAAUCUGGCAGCUACUAUCGUCACACCCUCUGGCCUAGAAGAACCUUGUUUCGUGAAGAAACUGCCCAAUGGUCAUCUUGGAAUAUCUUUCACUCCCCGUGAGUGUGGUGAACACUGUAUUCAUAUCAAAAGAUUGGGUAAACAUAUAAGUGGAUCUCCAUUCAAAAUAAAUGUCCUGGAACGAGAGAUUGGUGAUGCCUCAAAGGUAUCGGUCAGUGGUCCAGCCUUGAAAGAGGGUCGAACCCAUAUAAACAAUGAAUUCCUCAUUGAUACUAAAGAGGCCGGUUUUGGUGGAUUAAGUUUAUCAAUUGAAGGUCCAUCCAAGGCUGAGAUCGAUUGCAAAGACAAUGAAGACGGAACAUUGAAAGUGGGAUACAAACCCACCGAACCAGGUUAUUAUAUAAUCAACCUUAAAUUUGCUGAUCAUCAUGUUCCUGGAAGUCCAUUUACUGUUAAGGUCACUGGUCAAGGAUCAAACAUUCAACGGGAAAACAUCAAGAAACAAAGAGAUGCCCUACCGAUCACCGAUGCUGGUUCAGAAUGCAAAUUAACCUUCAAAAUGCCAGGAACCGCUGCUAUGGACAUGAAUGCUACCGUUACAUCACCUUCGGGACACACCGAUGAUGCUUGUAUUCAGGAUCUUGACGAUUGCUUGUAUGCCGUUAAUUUUGUCCCCAAGGAGGUUGGUGUUCAUACCGUUAGUGUUAAAUACAAAGAUGCUCAUAUACCCGGUUCACCAUUUCAAUUUACCGUUGGACCUUUGAGAGAGUAUGGUGCUCACAGAGUCCAUGCCGGUGGACCAGGUCUCGAACGUGGUGUUGUCCAUGAGCCUUGUGAAUUUAAUGUAUGGACACGAGAAGCUGGUGCUGGAAGCUUGUCUUUAUCAGUCGAAGGUCCAUCAAAGGCUGACAUCGACUUCAAAGAUCGCAAGGAUGGCUCUUGUCUAGUUGCUUACAAAGUAACCGAACCAGGAGAAUAUCGAGUUGGAAUAAAGUUCAACGAUCAACACAUACCCGACAGUCCGUUCAAAGUUUGGGUUAUGCCUCAAAUUAACGAAGCGAAAAGAGUUGAACUUCGAGCUUUACCAAAUGAGAAUAAUUUGAAGGUCGGUGCACCAGUGACCAUUAUCAUCAACUUGAAUGGAGCUCGUGGUGUUCUCGAUGCUAAAAUUAUUUCGCCAACUGGUCUUGAAGACGAUUGUUUCAUUACCAUGAUAGAUGCUGAUGAACACGCUCUCCGAUUUGUACCCAAAGAGAAUGGUGUUCAUACUCUUCAUAUACGUUUCAACGGAGUCCAUAUAAAGGAAAGUCCUUAUCGUAUAAGGGUCGGCAAAGACACAGCUGAUCCCGCGGCAGUAACGGCUUCUGGUCCAGGAUUGAAAGACACCAAAAGCGGUGUUAAAACUGAAUUCAUUGUUGACACUUGUUCAGCUGGACACGGGCGACUCUCAGUUUCUGUUGACGGACCAUCCAAGGUCUCAAUGGAUUGCACCGAGUGCGAGGAAGGUUACAAGGUCCGAUACACUCCCCUCUGUCCUGGUGAAUAUUACAUAACCGUUAAGUACAAUGGACAUCAUAUUGUUGGAAGUCCAUUCAGGGUUCGUUGCACAGGUGACAAGGUAAUCCCAAUUAGUGAAGCUGAAUCAGCAUCUUUGGCUGUUGAAACUGCAGAUAAACCGAUUGGCAGAGUUGGUGGUUUACCUAAAUUCAAAUCGGAUGCAUCUAAGGUCACCGUUAGAGGAAACGGAAUCAAAAAAGCCUUGGUUAAUAAGCCAACUAAUUUAACUGUCGACGGACAGAGAGCGGGAAGUAACAUCUUAUUCGCUGCCGUCUAUGGACCUAAAGGACCUUGCGAUGAAGUUAUGACGAAACAUUUGGGACUAAAUGUUUACCAUGUAACUUACACUUUAAAGGAAAAAGGUGACUACGUGUUGAUCGUCAAGUGGGGAGAUGACCACAUCCCUGGAAGUCCAUUCAAAGUGGAAGCCGCUUAGAACUGACCUUUUGAUGACUAAUCGAAAACCAUUGACCUUUUUUUUUGUCGAAUGCACCAUAACUGAAUUACCAUUGAUUGUUGUUGAAGUUUAAUUAUCAAGUCUCAUACAUCAUCAGAAUGCAAUUAUUAACAGGGAUUAAUCAUCAUUAUUAAAAGACGGAAAAAAAUAAACGAAAAAUCAAUUGAACAAUCAACUAAUUGUUACCUAAACUGUUAACCAAACAAUUAAACACCGUUAAAGAUACAACUGGAAAACAGACUCAUUAAACUAUCACAAUUUACAGAUUAUCCUUUAA